AUGAACAAGCCUCACCGUCCCGCCGCGCCGUCCGUUUCAAAGCGUCCCGCGAUCAGCGACAGCGAAGCGCUCGAUUUUCACGCGCGCGGCAGGCCGGGCAAGCUCGAAGUCACGCCCACCAAGCCGAUGGCGACCCAGCGCGACCUGUCGCUGGCCUAUUCGCCGGGCGUCGCCGUCCCCGUCAAGGCGAUCGCCGAACGGCCCGAGGCCGCCUUCGACUAUACCGCGCGGGGCAACAUGGUGGCCGUCAUCUCCAACGGCACGGCGAUCCUCGGCCUGGGCAAUCUCGGCGCGCUCGCCUCAAAACCGGUGAUGGAAGGCAAGGCCGUCCUCUUCAAGCGCUUUGCCGAUGUCGAUUCGAUCGACCUGGAGGUCGACACCGAAGACAUGGACGAGUUCGUCAAUUGCGUGCGCCUGCUCGGCCCGUCGUUUGGCGGCAUCAAUCUCGAGGACAUUCGUGCGCCGGACUGCUUCAUGAUCGAGGACCGGCUGCGCGAGGCCCUCGACAUCCCGGUGUUUCACGACGAUCAGCACGGCACCGCGAUCAUCGCCGCCGCCGGCCUGAUCAACGCGCUGCAUCUGACCGGCCGUGAUCUGCGCGACGUCAAGAUCGUCUGCAAUGGCGCGGGCGCCGCCGCCAUCGCCUGCAUCGAGCUGGUCAAGGCGAUGGGCGUGCCGCACGACAAUGUCAUCCUGUGCGACACCAAGGGCGUUAUCCACCAAGGCAGGGGCACCGGCAUGAACCAGUGGAAGUCCGCCCACGCGAUCGCCACCGACCGGCGGACGUUGGCCGAUGCGAUGGAGGGCGCCGAUGUCUUCUUCGGAUUGUCGGUCAAGGGCGCGCUGACCGCCGACAUGGUGCGGUCGAUGGCCGACAAUCCGAUCAUCUUCGCCAUGGCCAAUCCCGACCCGGAGAUCACGCCCGAAGAGGUCGCCGAAAUCCGCGACGAUGCGAUCAUUGCGACCGGCCGGUCCGAUUAUCCCAACCAGGUCAACAAUGUGCUCGGUUUUCCCUACAUCUUCCGUGGCGCGCUCGAUGUGCAGGCGACGACGAUCAACGACGCGAUGAAGGCCGCCGCGGCCAAUGCCAUUGCCGAACUCGCGCGCGAGGACGUGCCCGACGACGUGGCGAUCGCCUAUGGCGGCACGCGUCCCCGGUUCGGCCCCGGCUACAUCAUUCCCGUCCCGUUCGAUCCCCGCCUGAUUUCGGCGAUCCCGGUCGCGGUGGCGCGCGCCGCGAUGGAAUCGGGUGUCGCGCGCCGGCCCAUCGCCGACUUCGACGCCUAUGCGGUCGAACUGUCCGCGCGCCGCGAUCCCAUCGCCGCCACGCUCCAGCGCAUCUUCGAUCGCGUCCGCCGCAAUCCCAAGCGCAUGUUCUUCACCGAGGCGGAGGAAGAGCAGGUCGUCCGCGCCGCCGUCUCCUACGUCAAUCAGGGGCUCGGAACCGCCAUCCUUCUGGGCCGCGAGAACCUGAUCGCCGAAGCGGCGCGCAAUGCCGGCGUCGAUCUGGAACGCGACGACAUCGAGAUCGUCAAUGCGCGCCUGUCGAACCGCGCCGCCGCCUAUGCGGACCAUCUCUACGAGCGUCUGCAGCGCGACGGUUACCUGUUCCGCGACUGCCUGCGGAUGGUCAAUAACGACCGCAACAUCUUCGCCGCCACCGCCGUCGCGCUCGGCGAUGCCGACGGCAUGGUCACCGGUGUCACCCGAAACUACGCCACCGCGCUCAGCGACGUUCGGCGCGUCAUCGACGUGCGGCCCGGCCACCGUGUCGUCGGCGUUUCGCUGGCGCUGUGCCGCGGGCGCACGGUGCUGGUCGCCGACACGGCGGUGCACGACAUGCCGACCGCCGAGGAACUUGCCGACAUCGCCGAGGAGGCGGCCGGCAUGGCCCGCAAGCUCGGCUAUGAACCGCGCGUGGCUAUGCUGGCCUAUUCGACCUUCGGCCAGCCGCAGAGCGAACGCUCCAAUUCCGUGCGCGAUGCCGUGCGCAUGCUCGACAAGCGGCGCGUCGAUUUCGAGUAUGACGGCGAGAUGGCCGCCGAUGUCGCGCUCAACGCCGAACUGAUGGCGCAAUAUCCGUUCUGCCGGCUGUCGGCGCCGGCCAAUGUUCUGGUCAUGCCGGCGUUUCACUCGGCCUCGAUUGCCACCAAGAUGCUGCAGGAACUGGGCGGCUCGACCGUGAUCGGUCCGCUUCUCGUCGGGCUCAACAAGUCCGUUCAGAUCGUUUCGCUGAACGCGCGCGAUGCGGACAUCGUCAACAUGGCCGCGAUCGCCGCCUACAAUGCCGGCGGAUGA